AGGCGGUGAGAAUCCCGAGGCCCGGUUCCGGCUCCCGCCCUUCGCGGGGCCACAACACUUGACACCAGCAGCCGCUCGGCAGCUUGCUCGCCCCGGCAGCCCCUCCGCCUUCGGCAGAACCCUCCCUCCCUUCCCGACCCCCGACAGCCCCUCCACCCUCGGCACCCCCUCGGUCCCUGGCAGCCCCGCACCCCAUGGACGCGGAGCCUAGCCCGGGAUGGACAGGGAGACGCGCAUGUUCGCAGAGAGCCACUUCCGAGGCCUCCGGGGAUGUCUCCCCGGCAGGGUCUUCCCGACCCCGGACCACGUGGACUUUAUCGAGAAGCCAGACUCCUUUUCCUACGCCGACUUCUUCAAGGGUUACCUGCUCCCCAAUGUUCCCUGUGUUUUCUCCAGCGCCUUCACCGAGGGCUGGGGCAGCAGGAGGCACUGGGUGACACCCAGCGGGAAGCCCGACUUCGAUUAUCUGCUUCAGAAUUAUGGAGAUGUGGUUGUACCUGUUGCAAACUGUGGAGUCCAGGAAUAUAACUCGAACCCUAAAGAAUACAUGCCCCUCAGAGACUACAUCAGUUACUGGAAAGAGUUCAUCCAACAGGACUACUCCUCUUCCCGGGGCUGUCUCUACCUCAAAGACUGGCACCUGUGCAGGGACUCCUGUGCGGAGGGCGUGUUCACCCUGCCCACGUACUUCUCGUCUGACUGGCUCAAUGAGUACUGGGAUUACCUGGAUGUGGACGACUACCGCUUCAUCUACAUGGGGCCCGCCGGCACCUGGUCGCCGUUCCAUGCCGACAUCUUCCGCUCCUUCAGCUGGUCUGUCAACAUCUGCGGGAGGAAAAAGUGGUUCUUCUUCCCACCAGGACAAGAAGAAACUUUGCGGGACUGCCAUGGCAGCCUGCCCUACGACGUGACUGCUUUCACACUCCUAGACAGCCGCCAGCACUGCAGCCCACCACUGGAGGUCACGCAGGAGGCAGGCGAGAUGGUGUUUGUGCCCAGCGGGUGGCACCACCAAGUCCACAAUCUGAGUGGAGUUGUCCUAGGCCCUCGGGGAGCCUGCUCUCGGUUAGCUGUGGAUAUAGGAUCUCAACCCUGGCUCCCUCUCGCUGCUGUCAUCCAGGGGGAGGAGGACACUAUCUCCAUCAACCACAACUGGGUCAAUGGCUGUAACCUGGCCAACAUGUGGCAUUUCCUGCAGCAGGAGCUCCGAGCCGUGCAGCGGGAGGUUAGCGAGUGGAAGGACACAAUGCCCGACUGGCACCACCACUGCCAGGUCAUCAUGAAGUCCUGCUCCGGGAUCAAUUUUGAAGAAUUUUACCAUUUUCUCAAAGUCAUUGCAGAAAGGAGACUCCUCCUCCUAGCGACGGAGACAGGCCCUGGUGAGGGGGAGGGCAACGAGGGCACUGGACUGGGCCCCCAGCAGGCUGCUUUUGAUAUCAGCCGGAUUGCUGAGGUGCUGGCGUCCGUGGUGGCCCACCCUGACUUUGAGAAACUGGACACCAGUGUUUUCUCACCCCAGCCAGAGGACCUCCUGCAGCAGCUGGAGGAGCUUGUGGCCGCCACUGCAUCCCUUUAAUGCGUAUCAUGAGGAUCACGUGACACGUCCUGGCGUGGAAGGCAUUUACCCUGCUCCAGGGUCCCUUCCAGAAAUAAAGCUCCAUCCUGUGUGGCCUGAACAUGUCACCUCCCCGCUGAGCCUUGU